AUGUGUGAAGAAAUAGUUCUGAAAGUAUACAUGCAUUGUAAUGGUUGCAAGGACAAAGUAUACAAAUGCUUGAGAUGUUUAGAAGGCGUUGAAGAGGUUGUGGUUGAUAGUGAGAACCAUAUAGUAAUAGUAAGAGGCAAAAGGGCUAACCCAAUUCAGGUUUUGGAAAGACUUAGAAAGAAAUACAGUCGAAAUGCUGAGCUCAUCUCUCCAAUACCAGAACCUGAGAACAAUGAAAACAAUGAAGAUGAAGCUUUAGAAGAUGAGCCCCAAUUAAAGGUGAUGGUGCUAAAAAUGAAUAUGCAUUGUCAAGGCUGUGCGGAUGAUAUUAAGAGAGAUUUGGAGAGGAUGAGAGGAGUUUUGACAGCGGAUCCAGAUAUGGAGAACUCAUUGGUGACAGUGAGGGGAAUUGUUGAUGAAUCAAAACUGGUAAAUUACAUAAAGAAAAGACUAGGAAAAAAUGCUGAGAUCUUGAAGCAAGAAACUGAAGAAGAAGAACAACAACAACAAGAACAACAACAACAAGAAGUCUAUUGUUGCAAGAUAAGUCUAAUGAGGUCAAGCAAUAACUGCUCACAACAUUGUCCUCCCCACUCCUCUGCUCAGUGCCUUUGCAUCAGUAACAUGUUUAGUGAUGAAAACCCUCUCUCAUGUUCCAUAAUGUGA